AUGCUUGCGUCGAAGGAAACUAGCCGUAAGCUUGGCGUACAUUGUUUUGUUCAUAUGGAAAAACGGAGAACAUUGCGACAACAAUAUAAUAUUGCUGGUGAUGGCUGUGAAGAUUGUUGUGUCACAUGCUGGUGUUCGGAAUGUGCUAUAUGUCAGGAAGCAAGAGAAAUAAAGGCACGAGGCAUAGAUCCAAAGUCAAUCAUAAAACAACAACCAUUGUUGUGUGUUGUUCCUCACACACCCGCCGAUGCUAUCUAUGAUCAUUCGCAUACGAUUGUUCAAUGUCAACCUGCUAAUGUAUAUCCACAGAGGAUGAAUGGGCAAGAACAAGCCUACUUUAUGCCACCAUACAGUCAUUCGUUAACACCGCCAUCAACCCCACCACCUGCUUACCAAUAUCCGGUAUUAACGCCAGAAGCGCUAGAUGGCACAGAAAAAAAACAAUAA